AGUCUGAGCUAUGGCGGCCAUGUUAAGCCCGGGCAAAAGACUUCGCUUCUGGACCGUGUUUCCGCAGCUCGCUUCCUGCUGAGGGCAGUCUGCUGAGUUCGGAGGGGUCAUGCGGAGAGCGGAAGAGGUUAGCAUUCGCCGCCGGGAUUUGGGUACUCGGGAGGUGGCGGCCAGGCUGGGGCUUUUCCGAGCGGGCCGUCUUAGCGCGCGUGGUAGCCUUUGAGUUCCUCAUCUAGGGGCUGAACAACUCACCUGGGGAUCGGGCUUCUCACUUAGAGACUGAGCGUGUUCCUGGGGGCAUCUCACCUGAGACCUGGACCUUUCCUCCGUUCCCCACCCUCCUCACCUGACGGCCGCAGCUGUCACCUGUGAACUGAGCUCUGCAUGUUGGACCGGCUCGAUGUGGUUGAGGGUCCACAAAGUAGCCAACAUUUCCACGGGGGCCUCGGGCAGUGGGCUCACGUGACCUUCCGAACUUCAGAUGGCUUGAGUGAGGAGCAGUAUGCAUUAUCUGAAUUUUUGGAGAACACCUGUUUGUACAAAUAAUACAGCUUCGUCUGGUCUUUGGUUGACAAGUAGGCCUCAUUUGCACCAGCUCAGAGCCACAAUGUGAACGAAUGAUUCGGACAGUUUCCGAGGAAGCCUUGGAAUCCUAAUUGACAGGGACAACAGUAUCUUUGAAGCGUACUACCUAAUCUGAGGUGCCCUCCUUCUCGAAACCACAUUUGCUAAGAAUAUGGCUUUUUUGAGCUUGGCUGCUGGAAGGCGAUUAGCCAUAUGUCUGGCCAACAGCUGCCCUGCAGCUUUCCCCCACUCCCGUGGUGCUGGGAAUACAGACACUACCAAUGCACCAGUGUAGUUCUGGAGACUAAGCCCAGGGCUUUGUGUUAACAAGUUGCUCAGGUACAUGAAAUCUAAAGUUCUACAUGGCUGGCAAGAAGUCAUCAGGCAGGCAGCCACUGCUGCUUCUGGGACUGUUGGUCACUGUAGCUACCGUCCAUCUUGUUGCCUGUCCCUACACCAAGGUAGAGGAGAGUUUCAACCUACAGGCUACACAUGACCUGCUGUACCACCAGAUGGACAUAGACAAGUACGACCACCUUGAGUUUCCUGGAGUUGUUCCCAGGACGUUCCUUGGGCCACUGUUGAUUGCAGUAUUCUCCAGCCCUGUGGUUUAUGUGCUUUCAUUGUUGGAAAUAUCCAAGUUUUAUUCUCAGUUGACAGUCAGAGGAGUCCUUGGGCUUGGUGUGAUUUUUGGACUCUGGACGUUACAAAAAGAAGUGAGACGACAGUUCGGGGCCAAGGUGGCAGCCAUGUUCUGCUGGAUAUCAGCCACACAGUUUCAUCUCAUGUUCUACUGUACGAGGACACUGCCCAACGUGCUGGCCCUGGCUGUGGUUUUACCAGCCCUCACAGCCUGGCUGCAGCGUAGGUGGGCCCGCUUUAUCUGGCUCUCAGCCUUUGUCAUUAUUGGCUUCAGAGCUGAGCUGUGCAUGCUGCUGGGCCUUAUGCUGCUGCUGACCUUGUACCAAAGAAGAAUGUCUGUGGCCAGAGUGUUCCGGCAUGCCAUCCCAGCAGGGAUUCUCUGUCUAGGGCUGACGGUUGCUGUGGACUCCUAUUUCUGGCAAUACCUUGUAUGGCCAGAAGGAAUGGUGCUUUGGUACAAUACUGUCCUGAAUAAAAGUUCCAACUGGGGCACCUCCCCACUCCUGUGGUAUUUCUACUCUGCCCUGCCCCGAGGCCUGGGUUGCAGCAUUCUCUUCAUACCCCUGGGUGCAGUGGACAGGAGGACCCAUGCACUGUCCCUGCCAAGCCUGGGAUUUGUGGCUUUAUACUCACUCCUCCCACACAAGGAACUGCGGUUCAUCAUCUAUACCUUCCCUGCCUUCAACAUCAUGGCUGCCAGAGGCUGCACCUACAUCCUGAAUAACUAUAAAAAGUCUUGGCUGUACAAGGUGGGAACUCUGCUCGUGAUAGGACACUUCAUGGUGAACACAGCACAUACAGCCACAUCCCUCUAUGUGUCCCAUUUCAACUAUCCUGGUGGUGUCGCGAUGCGGCGGCUCCAUGAACUGGUGCCUCCCCACACAGAUGUCCUUCUGCACAUUGAUGUGGCUGCUGCCCAGACAGGGGUGUCGCGGUUUCUACAGGUCAACAGAGACUGGAGGUAUGACAAGAGGGAAGAUCUCCAGCCUGGAGCCGUGGCCAUGCAGGACUACACGCACAUCCUCGUGGAGGCAGCGCCUGGUCACGUGGCCCUCUACAGGGACACGCACCGUGUCCUGGCUAGUAUUGAGGGCACUACAGGUGUGAGCCUGAACCUGACAAAACUGCCCCCCUUUGAUGUCAACCUGCAGACGAAGCUGGUGCUUCUGGAACGGCAGCCUAGGCCAGUCUAGAAGGAUGAGCUCUCCGGGAGCAUCAAGUAUGGCCACCUACUUAGUGAAGACAAUUCAGAAAAACAGCAAAGGGCCAAGGACUACAGCAUGUCCUGGUGUCGACCUGCCAUAGCCACACUUAGGACUCACGGCUGGGACCGUGGAGCCCAGGACAGUAGCCUCUGCAGACCUGUCUGCAUGGUUAGGCUCAUUUAUAUUCACAACUAUUAAGAGUUGGGGAGGAAAUGGGGAGCCAGGCUAGAACAACCUGCCACCCUAAUUCUGCAGUGACUCUCGGUGUGUAUGUCCUGUCCCUGAACCCACUGUUGCCCAUGGCCUCAGGAGACUACAGUAUAAACCCAGAGCUUCAGCACAGGGUAGACAAACACACACACACACACACACACACACACACACAGCACCCAUUAUUUCAGCUGUUAUAGUCUAAGGCAUGUCAUCCUCAUUUCAAAUUAAUCCUUAAAACAUACACAUGCUCAUAAAGAACAAGAAUAAAAUUACGUUUUCUUA